AUGAGUAUUCCAGAAUUCAAUCUGCUUUCACUUGGGGAUCACAGAAACCCACUCUAUAAUCCACUUCAUAUACUUCAGACAACAUGGGAAACCAAAGGAAGACCAGCAUAUAUUAUAGGCCCAAUGGUUAGAUACUCCAAGUUACCGUUUCGAGAACUAUGUCGACAUUUCAAUGCAGAUAUAGUUUAUACCCCCAUGAUAUUGGCCCGAGAAUUUGUCCGGAACGAAGUGGCCAGGUACAGUGACUUUACCACCAAUGAACUGGACCGUUGUGUUGUGGUUCAAGUCGGAGUGAACAAUGUGGAAGAUCUCUUAAAGUUUGUGGAAAUGAUUUAUCCCUAUGUUGAUGGUAUAGGACUCAACUGUGGGUGUCCUAUUAAGGAGCAAGUCCGAGAGGGGAUUGGAGCAGCGUUAAUGCUGGAACCGGAGUUAGUGGCGGAGAUGGUGGCAGCCGUUAAACGCAAGUACGGAGAUAAGGUUACGUUGGAAACCAAAAUUAGAAUCCAUAAAGAUAUCAAUGAAACCAUAGCCUUUGCAAAGAAGGUGGAGGCAGCUGGAGUGGAUUAUAUUACUGUUCAUGGUAGAACAAAGACCACCAGAUCAUCACAACCGGCUAAUUGGGAUGCCAUCAAAACCAUUAAACAAAACGUUAGUUGUCCAGUUGUAGCCAAUGGAGACUGUUUCACUGUUGAAGAUGCUCAAGCUAUUGCUGACCUCACAGGCGUUGAUGGUAUAAUGGCUGCUAGAGGAGCCUUAGCCAACCCAGCGAUGUUUGCUGGUUAUGAUAAGACUCCAUGGAUGGCCAUCGAACGGUUCUGGGACUUGGCCACCAGUUAUGGGUUACCGUUCCGAAUCAUUCAACAUCAUUUAUCUCAAAUGCUUGAUGGAGUGGUGUCCCGGAAGUUGGUAAAGGAAAUGAACGAAACCUCUAGUUUGGUGGAGAUGAUCGACUGGUUCGAUAAUCACUUUAUAUUGAAAAGAAAUGGUGAUCAAGGGUUUGCAACAUUGGUAGAACCUCCAUUUCGUAUAGUAAGAGAAACAGCAGCUAGAAUAUAA